AGCUGUGAGCGAGCUGUGAGCGAGUGGGAGACGGCGAGGAGCGUCAGCACACGCGACAACAAAAGGGGACAUCAUGAGCGACGUGAAGGCCACGGACUUACAGCGACUGUUUUCCUUUCGCCAACAUCUCAACACGUUCCACGAGAUGUGGCUGGCAAUAUGGACAUGGGAGCUUGGGGCGUUUGCGGUGUCACAUGCGAUUGCCGGGUUCAUUGCGUUUCUGCGGUUCCGCAAAGAUACCAAGUUUGCGUGGAUCGUUCCGCUCUUCUUCCUUCUCGUUGGCGGCAUCAUAUGUGCCACCGCCGGCGUCAUCACAGCACUGUUAAUCGCAUCCAUAUACACGCAGCUGGACAUCACCAUGACCACCACCGAGGCAAUGAUCUGGGGUGUGGGACAGUUUGGACUGUACUUCCUCUCAAGCUUCUAUCACAACUACCAAACGCUGUGAUUGCCGCCACAUAACACAAACAAUGUCAGCGCUUUUUCACCCGUGCACAUACAGACAAACUGACGGUUUCAUCUUGCCCCCUCCCCUCAAUCCCCGUCCACACCACAGCACCGCUAGCUGCCUUUCUUCAUGUCAUCAUGAUCAUGGUCACCUUCUUCUUGAUCUCCUUGCUUUUCUUCCCAGUGCCUACUUGCCCCAAGUGCACCUAAUUGCCCUCGUAAUUUAUCC